UGUAAGACGGAGUAGCAUCAGUUCGCGACGCACAUCAGUUUACGCAGUUCUUACAUUUUUAUUCUUCUCUUGAUUGGCACAGGAACAAAAAGCUCAGCAAUUUGAAGUCGAAUCCAACAGCAGAGGAAAGACCGAAACCUCGAGAAAAGUGUUUGAACACUCUGGGUGACCCCUUGUAAGACACAGAGAGAGAAAGCGGAGAAAAGAGGACAAAAUGUCACCGGAUUUCAGAUACAUUUUUCUCUCGAUCUUUUUGGUCGUCCUUGUCUCACAUACCACAUUUGCCAGAGGACGACAGUGCCCACCAAGACUAAGUCUACUGUGUGCUGGAGGAGUUGGCAAGAGGGACGGCGGUCUGUCACAAAAUACUAUGAGCAAAAAUGCAGAGACAUUUAGGAAAGACUUUUUGCUGGAUUCGCUUGAAGGAUUCCGACUGACGGUGUGUCCCUUUGACUCAGUCAUUGAACAGUUCUCAAAGGAACAACAAUUAGAACUUUGGCAGAUGAUCGAAGACUUCGCAGUAUCAAAAGGGCUUGAUCUCCGCUAGAAGCACAUCUCACGUGAUGUCAUGUCGUCACGUAAACAAAAAAUAGAUCUCACCUCAAUAAUUCGAUUUUGCUUUGUAAAUAUUCCCAUCAAACUGUUUAUAUUUUUAAUUUCUACAUAAAUCACUUUAGUCCAGCACUAUACCCAUGUAAACAAAACGGAAAUAUAUAUAUAUUGACGUCUCCCAUUUCUCUCGGUUGUACAUAAUGGUUGCUGUCAGUC